UGUUUGGGCUGCAGCCCUUGUGCGAUGUGGCUAGCCGUAGUUACCAAGACAAAUAUGUUGUAAUAAACGUCAGAAUUCAAGAAGUAGCUUCUGGAUAUAGGCGGGGGACAAGACGGGGACAAGAUGUUGGAGUCCUAUGUCACACCGCUCCUGAUGAGCUAUGUGAACAAGUACAUUAAGAAUCUGAAGCCAUCUGACCUGCAGCUGUCUCUGUGGGGAGGAGAUGUGGUGCUCAGCAAGCUGGACCUGAAGCUGGAUGUGUUGGAACAGGAGUUGAAGCUGCCUUUCACAUUCAUGAGCGGUCACAUCCAUGAGCUGCGUAUCCACGUGCCCUGGACCAAGCUGGGCUCGGAGCCUGUAGUCAUUACCAUCAACACGAUGGAGUGCAUCCUCAAGCUGAGGGAUGGAGCCCAGGAUGACAAUGAGAGCGGCUCCAGCUCCACCAGUCGAAGUGUCUCGGACAGCUCCAAGGCUGUGGCCAAGCCCCGCCGCCUUCAGCAGGCUGCCCCCAGCGACCCAGACCUACCCCCAGGUUACGUGCAGAGUCUGAUACGGCGCGUGGUGAACAACGUGAACAUUGUGGUGAACAACCUGAUCCUCAAGUAUGUUGAGGACGACAUUGUGCUGUCGGUCAACAUCACCUCGGCAGAGUGCUACACCGUGGACGAUAUGUGGGAGAGGGCCUUCAUGGACAUCACUGCUCCAGAGCUGGUCCUAAGAAAAGUCAUCAACUUUGCUGACUGCACCGUGUGCUUGGACAAGCGGAAUGCCAGUGGCAAAAUCGAGUUCUACCAAGACCCACUGCUCUACAAAUGCUCCUUCAGAACACGCCUCCAUUUCACCUACGACAACAUCAAUUCCAAGAUCCCAUCCGUUAUCAAAAUCCAAACCAUGGUGGAAAGCCUGAAGUUGUCCAUCACUGAUCAGCAGCUGCCCAUGUUUAUCCGCAUUUUAGAGCUGAUUAUUGCCCUCUACUAUGGGGAAAUCGGAGGACACAAAGAGGGCGAGGGAGAAGAGCCCAGUGUUCUUGUCAGGGAAGCUGGAGCUAUUUUACCUGGGAUGGAUGUAGAUCUGGAGAACCAGGGACCGAGUCAGUACUCCAGCCAAGACCUCUACAUGCAGUCUGGGGGUCCUGAAGAGGGAGACCAGGGUUGGGUGUCCUGGGCUUGGUCCUUCGUCCCUGCCAUCGUAGGCGAAGAGGAGGGAUAUGAGGAAGGCCUGUAUGAGCAGGGAGAGGCAGGAGGCAUCGCAACCAACCCACAGCAACUCACACCCAAGGACCCCAUUGUUUCUAUCGGUUUCUACUGCACCAAAGCCUCUGUUACCUUCAAGUUGACGGAGACCCAGUCGGAGAGCAGCUACUACAGUCCCCAGAAGGUCAAGUCCAGAGAGGUGCUGUGCCUGGAGCAGGAGGGAAUCACUAUCGAGGUGCUGAUGAUGGGGGAGCCCUUCUUCGAUUGUCAGAUUGGCUUUGUGGGUUGCCGGGCCCUUUGCCUGAAAGGCAUCAUGGGAGUACGGGAUUUUGAAGAAAACAUGAAUCGACGCAAAGAGGAUGCAGUGUUCUUCAGCUGUGGGGACAGCCUAGGCAGCAAAGGAAUGACCUACCUCACCAACUCUCUCUUUGACUACCGCAGUCCGGAGAACAAUGGCGUCCGUGCUGAGUUCAUCCUGGAUACCGCUACUCACAAGGAGACCUAUACGGAGAUAGCAGGCAUGCAGCGCUUUGGUGCUUUCUACAUGGAUUAUCUCUACACAAUGGAGAAGAUCAGCGCCAAAGGCUCUCAGGAGGAGGUGGAGGUGGUGUCCGCUGUCCAAGAGACUUCCAUCAAGAGGCUGGUGGUGGGACCUCUGGACGUCAGGCUGAACAGCAGUGCUGUCCACCGCAUCCUCAAGAUGGUCACCUGUGCCAUGGACCACGAGUACGAGCCCUACUGCAGACCACAGCCAGAAGUGGUUGAGGAGAGCCAUGGUGCAGCUACACAAGAGGAGAUAUCAAGCUUAGAAGAGUUUAUCCCGACCAGGCUGACGUGCCUCACUCUGCUCGAAAUCUCAGUCACCAUCUCGAUGGCCGAGUUCAACCUUCUACACACCCUGAUGCCAGUCAUCAUGGGGUGCAAGUCCUCCCAGGCUGCACCGGGGCCGGUCAACAGCCCAGCCUUUCAGCCAGUGCGCCCUCUACCUGCCGUGCAGUUCCAAGUGGAAAGGGUGAACGUUGAGCACUCAGUGGCCAUGUAUGCUCCAGAGCUGGUCCGAACCGUCAGCGGCAUGAGCCAGCCCUCUGACAACCUGCUCCAUCACUGCUACGCACACCUCUACCUUAAGGUGUUUGGCUUCCAGGCCGGCUUGACGUGCCAGGACAGUACAGGACGUUUCCUGCCUCUCAUCCCCAUCAUCCCUUCCUUCAGCACUGCACUCUACGGGAAGCUCAUCCAAAUGCCUUCAUACUGGAGCAAAAGGUCUUCAGUCCUCACCAGAGAGUGUAUUUUCGAGCUCCCCCACUUCGCCCUCCAGGCCACCAGGGCCCAGACGCUCCUGCUGCAGGCCAUCUGCCAGAGCUGGACCCACAGCGUGCUCAGCGGAGCGCCGUCGGCCCUCAGCGAAAGCCUGCUGCGUGAGGUGCACAAAGCUCCAGGUGUGAAGUCUCCGGGCCCGUCACCGACCCUCGAGGGCUCGGUCCAAAACCUGGAGCUGAAGCUCUGCAGCCGUGCGACGGUGAAAUGUGCCUCGGGAACCGUGGGAGCCAUAAAAGUGUGCGCCAGGACCCCAGGUUCAGCAGAUGGUGUUAAGGAGAAGCUGGUUCCUCUGAUUCAGGGCCCAUCUGACACCAAAGAACUCCACAUGAGCCGCUGGCUCAAUGAGAUCCGCAAACCUGAAUCUCUGCUGGCCCCUGACCUGCUGGUCUUCUCUGUUCAGGUCCCCCAGCAAGGAGAUGACUGCAGGAACUCAGGUGCAGUGCUGCUGCUCAGCGUCCAGGGCAUUGCUGUCAACGUGGACCCGGUUUUCUGCAUGUGGCUGCUGCACCAACCUCACAGAGGGAGCGGCAGGCAGCAGCAGCCUCCAGGUUCAGUGCCUGUGGCCAAAAGAAGAGAAGAUGAGGCGUCGGUAGGAAGCACACCACUGGCCAAACAGCCGUCCAAUCAGGCAUCAGAGUAUGCCAGCAGCCCAGCCAAAACCAAGACGGUCACAGAAUCCCGUCCCCUGUCCAUACCAAAGAGGGUGAUACCCGAAACCACAGCGGGGGACUCAUGGACAACCUCGGAGGAGAGAAUGAAGGAGCUGAUCGCCCAAGCCUGGGAUGUUGUUAAGCGCCUUACUCUACAGUUUGAGCUGCAGUCGUGCUGCGUGUUCCUGCCCAAGGACAGCCUCCCCUCCCCGAGCACCAUCAUCUGCGGCGACAUCCCCGGCACCGUCCGGAGCUGGUACCACAACAAGGCCUCCAUGCCCGCAACCCUGGUGGUGUGCCUGCCGCAGAUCAGCGUCCUCAGCGCGGGCCACAAGUACAUGGAGCCGUUGCAGGAGCUCCCCUUUGUGGUGUCGAAGCCCGUCCUGGAGGAAGGCGAAGCCUUCCCGUGGACAGUGAGCCUGGCUCAGUUCAGCGUCUACACGCUGCUGGGACAGCAGCGGAGCCUGAGCCUGCUGGAGCCCAUGGGCUGCACCUCCACGCUGGCCGUCACGUCCCACAAGCUGCAGAGCUGCUCCGAGGGGGGGCACUCCUUCGUGGUCUGCCUCCACGUCGACCUGCAGCCCGUCCACGUCAAGUGCUCCAACCCUCAGGUCCAGCUGCUUUAUGAGCUCCUGCUCAGCUGGAGCUCCACGUGGGCUCGUCUCCAGAGACACGGCAUCCUGCGUCAGACCCCCAGCAUGCCAGAACCCCCCGUCGGUGCCGCCCUGUCGUCCCCGGUGCGCAGCAGUGCCGGCACCGCACUGCCGGACACCAGCACCUGCAGCCCGUCUGCAGACUUUGGCUCCCCCACCGAGGGCGACUCUGUGCCGGCUGUGGAUGACGGCCCGUUUGAUGACACGGUCACUCUGGAGCAGAAAACCAGCAGCAUCGGAGGCUCCAGUGGGAAGGUCAGCCUUUGGAUGCAGUGGAUGUUACCCAAGGUCACAGUCAAACUGUUUGCUCUCGACCCGACUGUAAAGAAAACAGAGAUAUGUGUCAUCGGCGAACUAGAAGACCUGAGUGCCUCAGUGGAUGUCCAGGAUGUUUAUACAAAGAUCAAAUGUAAAGUGGGCAGCUUCAACAUCGACCAGCACAGAUACAGUCCGGAGGAGGGUGCGCAGGGCUCUGGCGGCUGUGGACGAGUGGUCCUCUCUUGCACUGACAAGCUGAACAGACGCACUGUGUUGGUUCGACCCGUCAGCAAGCAAGAAUCUUUCAGCCACCUCUCUGGCUUUUUCCCUCCUACUGCAGCCAAAGUCCUCGAGGGCUCCCACCAGCAGCAUGGCUUCCUGUCCAUCACGUACACCCAGGCCGUCACUAAAAACGUCCGUCACAAACUCACCACCCGGCCCGAGCGGGCGCCGCACGGCGCCGCUUCCACGGAUCCGCUGGCCGACAGCUCGCCUCAGUACCUGAGGGAGAUCCUGCUGACAGCACAGCCCUUUGACGUGGUGCUAUCCUGCCCCUUGCUGGCUGCUAUAGCCGGGGUGUUCCAGGCCACAGUACCACGGCGUUACAGGGAGUCAUCGGGUCAGCCCAUGAGAAGCCACACUCUGACCUCCCGCUGUUUGCCUCUCAUGUACAUCAACACCAGCGUGAUCCGGGUCUUCUGCCCCCAGUCACGGGACACACACGCGGCGUCAGAUCCCCAGGUGAAAAGAGAGGACACCCUGGUCCUAAAGCUGGGCUCCCUCAGCAUGGCUCCUCAGGCUGAUAACCCUCUGACGCGCACCGUGCUGAGAAAGGACAUCUACCAACGGGCGCUGCACCUGGGCAUCCUGCGUGACCCGGGUUCAGAGGUGGAGGACCGGCAGUAUCAGGUGGACCUCCAGUGCAUCAACAUCGGAACGGCUCAGUGGGAGCAGCUCAAGCCCGAUAAGGAAGGAACCAAAGGAGGGGUGUCUGCGGAGAGCGAGAGGAGCUCACAGAACCCGGCCCUGGAGUGGAACAUGGCCAGCAGUAUCAGAAGGCACCAAGAGCGGCGGGCCAUCCUCACGCCCAUCCUCACCGACUUUUCUGUCCGGGUCACUGCUGCCCCGGCGAUCAUCUUCAGUAAGAAUGUGCCACCUGACUGUGGACAGGCAGAGGAGGUGGUGGUGUGUGGCCACUCUCUGGAGGUGAACGUGACGAGCAGUCUGGACUUGUACCUCAGCGUGGCCCAGGUGCAGCUCCUGCAGCAGCUCCUCAGAGACAACCUAGUGGGGACGGAGGAUCCUGAAAGGAGCUCUGAGAUGCGUCGAUGCGAACCGAAACACGGGCGCCGCGACCCCGCGGUGGGCGCCGCUGCUUCAUCUCGCCACAGCGGGACCGGGCAGGACAGCGGCUUCGGCAGCGACAGCGCCCGCAUCCGCAUCGUACAGAUAGAGCAGCAGAGCGGGGCCAGCCACCACUGCAUCGCCCGGCCCUCCCGCCACUCCGCCAUCACCAAGAACCUCAGCUUCAUCCCUUUUGACAUCUUCGUCACGGCCGGCAAGCUGUCUGUCAUGACCUACGCGUGCGCCAGUGCCCCGAAGGCCCCUCCCCCGCCGUCGGACACCCCCGGCACACCGGAAAAGAGAGAGCCCGGGGACAAGGUGGGAAAGAGUGCCCUCAACCAGCCCGAGGUCCCGCCCGUAUCUCCUCCGGUCUCUGCCUCCCCCUCUCCAGACCCGUCUCCAGCCACUCAGGGUUCCCUCGCCGGCCUCACCGCCGAUGACAUCCUCAACAGCAGCAACUCCAGGCCGCCCUCUCCUCUGCUGAAGGGCGGCCUGCUGUCCCUGGGCGGCCUGCCCGCUCCCAGCCGCUCCUCGGCCCGCCAAGCGCUGGGCGUGACCAUAGUGAGGCAGCCGGGUAGGAGAGGGGCCGGGGACCAGGUGCUGGAACCCCUCCUCUACAUCCAGCUGAUGCAACCUUCAGCUCUGCUCAGCUGCCACCAUCGCAAGCAGAGGAUGGAGCUUUCGGUGUUCGACGUGGCCUUAAGAGGAGUGGCCUCUAACUACAAGUGCCUUGACCCAGGAAAGACUCUGCCAGAGUCUCUGGACUACAACGUAUUUUGGCUGCAGACGGUAGCAGGAGAGUCUGACUGUAAAACGGGCAUCCCUCCGCCUCUGCUCUGCCUCCAGAUCAAAGAUUUCCUCAACGGACCAGCCGAGCUGAACGUGGAACUGUCGCGCCCCCUCAAAGUCAACGCCACGCUGGCCAAGCUGGAGCAGGCCAAAGCCUACCUGAAGAAAAUACUCCCAAACCCCAGGUGUGACGCCUCUGGUAAACCCCCGUCUGCCCCCUCCACCCCUCACUCCUCCCCCACCAAGACGCUGCCCAGGGCCGCUCGCCCGGAGCCUCUCAACCAGGCCUCUGCUCUGGGUGAAGCCGGUGGCAUUGAGGCCCUGGCGCUGUCCUUCCACAAGGUCUCCCUCCACACUGCCCAGAUUGUGGUCGUCAUGGAGACGGAGGCCCAUCCAAUGAGGCCCAGCGUGGCGGUGACGGUGUCGGCCAUGACGGGGAAUCUGAACAUGAAGUCAGGCCAUAGGAUAGAAGAUGCGCUCCAGGCUGCAUCUGUACAGUUGCAGCUGCGGGAUCUGUCGGUAAAGACGGGGCUGAGGGAGCGGAGCCGCCUCCUGCUGGGGCCGUUCUCCUGCAGCGCCUCCCUGGAGGCCCGCUGGUGUCGGCACAGCGGCAGCCCCGGACCUGAGCCCGGCGCCCCCAAAAUCCUGCUCGACCUGAAGGGAGGCCUGCUGCAGGUCUUCUGGGGCCAGGAACACCUGAGCUGCGUGAAACUGGUGGAGGAGCAUCUGAGGGUGUACCUCAACCUCCAGAAUGGUUCAGACCCACAUGCGUCCGAGAGCCGUUCCCAGGGCAAGGCCUGCCACGUCCAGCCGCCUCCUUCCCCGGGCUCUCCCCCUCCCCGGACGGAGCACAGCUCAGAUGACCUCCGCACGGGACAUUUCCAAUACAUCCAGGACGCAGCGUACAAGCGACUGCCGGCGCCCCAUGAGGUGGUGUUCUACAGGGAGACUGAGGACAGCCCAGCGCUGAUGCUGUGGAGGUACCCCGAACCCCGCGUCCUCACCUUCGUCAGGAUAACUCCCGUCCCUUUCAACACCACGGAGGACCCAGAGAUCAGCACUGCCGACCUGGGGGACGCCCUGCAGGUACCGUGCAGCCUUGAGUUCUGGGACGAGCUCCAGCAGGCCUUCAUCCCGUACCGGGAGUUCAGCCUCUCGGAGAGCAGCGCCUGCCAGCUGCAGCUGCCCAGCCUCAGCCUCACCGAGCAGCAGAAGGAGCUGGUGGCCUCAGACCUGUGGAGGAUAGUCCUCAACAACAACAACAACAACGGCGGAGAGGGAGGAGAUGAGCAGAGUUCGGAUAGUGAGUCUGGGUCCCAGCUGCACUGCGAUCAGUUGGUGUCCCCAACCGCGCUGGCGGCCUGCACCCGCGUUGACUCCUGCUUUGCACCCUGGUUCGUCCCCUCCCUGGGCGUGUCCCUCCAGCUGGCCCAGCUGGACCUUCACCUCUGCCACCAUCUGGAGCAGCUGGGCACAGUUCCACCGAGACAGCUUCGUCCCUUCCUGCCAGACAGGAAGUUGCCUCAGGAGCAGGAGUUCAUGGUAAGCGGCGCUCGGGAGCCGCGCGUCUUCCUGCGCCAGUGGAGCAGCGGGCCACGUCGCUGUCAGGAGUUCAGUUUCUCCACCCAGCUGGACUGUAAGCUGCUGGAGUAUCGAAACCUGACCCGUCUCCAGAUCCUGCAGCCCUGUGUACUGCAGGGCCAGGCUGCAGCUACAAGCUGCCCCCAGAACACCAGCCUGGAUGUAAACGUGUUCGUGGAGCCCGUGUUCCUCAAUAUCAGCCAGUACGCCAUCCACACCGUGGACACUGCCCUGCACAGCUGGCAACAGAGUGGGAACCCGGAGGCUGAGGAGCUGGUCUUCAGCCACUAUGUGAUCUGUAACGACACCCACGAGAUGCUGCGCUUUGGCCAGGUGGACACAGAUGAGAAUGUGCUGCUGGCCAGCGUCCACAGCCACCAGUACAGCUGGAGAUCCCACAAGUCCCCUCAGCUGCUGCACAUCUGCAUCGAGGGAUGGGGGAACUGGCGCUGGUCAGAGGCCUUCAGCGUGGACAACGUAGGGACCCUGCUGAGGACCAUUCAGUACAAGGGCCGCACGGCUUCCCUCAUCAUCAAGGUGGUACAGCUCAACGGGGUCCAGAAACAGGUGAUAAUCUGCGGGCGGCAGGUGAUGUGCAGCUACCUGACUCAGGACAUCGAGCUGCGGGCGGUGCAGCACUACGUGGGGCCUGAUGGUCAGACGGUGGUCAGGGAACACUGCGACUGCCUGGAGGCCGGGGCCAAGCUGCCUUCGUACGUUCUAGAGGACGCUGAGAUGACGGAGCUGUGCUUGAGGGCCAGGGGGGAUGAGGACUGGUCCCAAGACGUUCAGCUGGAGAGCAGGGAGAAGGGCAACAGCAGCUCUGUUGUGCAGGUACCUUGUUCCAGUGGUUCUUUGCUCUAUGUUUGGUGCACUCUUAUCACAAUUGAACCUGGCUCUCACAUGCAGCAGAGAGUGGUGGUGUUCAGUCCCCUGUUUGUCAUGAGGAGCCACCUGCCAGAUCCAGUGAGCGUCCACAUAGAGAAGAGGAGCCUGGGGCUGAGGGAGAGCCAGCUGAUACACGGCCGGGGCCACCAGGAGCCCCUGUUAAACACAGAGGCCGACCUCACCCACCACCUGACUUUCCAGGCCAGGGAGGACGAAGACGCUUCCAACUGUGCCGUGCCCAUCUCCACCAGCCUGAUCAAACAGAUUGUGAACAAGAGCGGAGGCGAGGACAACCUGGAGCACAUCCUGGCCGACUUCUACGGUCCAAGGCCAUCGUCAGGGCCGCCGUGGCCCUACACCAACGAUGCUGACAGGUCUGUGCUGGAGCCCCUCGCCCAGUGGGACAGUCCCAUGCAGGUUAGGUUGUCCUGCUGGAAGUCUGGGCUGAACACCCUGCUGGUGGAGCUGCUGCCCUGGGCCCUGCUGGCCAACCACUCCCAGUGGGACCUCUGGCUCUUCGAGGGAGAGACCAUUGUGCUGCAGAUACCAGCCGGCAAGGUCAUUGUGCCCCCCAACUUCAAGGAAGCCUUCCAGAUCGGCAUCUACUGGGCCCACACCAACACUGUCCACAAGUCCACGGCGCUCAAAUUGGUCCACGAUCUGACCUCUCCCCGAUGGAAAGAGGGAUCUGGCUCAGAGGUGGUCACUCUGGACGAGGAGGGAUAUGUAGAGGCUGACAUCACCCUGGGGGCCUUUCCCGGACGGCAAAAGCUGUGUCAGUUCUGCGUGUCGUCUGUGGUGAGACACGGCAUCCAGAUCCUCCAGAUAGAGGACCGAACCAUUCUGGUCAACAACACCCCGCACACGAUCCAUUGCAGGCCUCUGCUGGCCGCCCAUUCGCUGGGAUCCGACGACCAGGCCUGUGAGGUACCAGAGACGUCACUGUUCAGCCUGUUACCCUCGGAGGACUCUUCCCAGGCCAAACCCUGCUCCGUGCCAUUCUGGGACCUCCUCCAAUCCGGCGCUCAUGGAGCGGUGAAGUUCCCUCUGCCCCUCAAACAUAUGCUCUUCAGCCUUUUCCCCGGGCACAGCGGCGGAGUGGCAUCUGGGUCUGCAGCGUGGAGCCUUCCCGCUCCCAUCCGCCCCGACUUCCCCAGGCAGAGUCUGUCUGUUCCCGGGGAACCGGACUCCGCGGGUGGCCUGAGCAGCAGAGGCAUAGUACUGACAUAUCAGGAGCACUUUGGGGUGACAUACAUCAUCCUGAACGAGGACCCCUGUCCUCGGAUGCUGAUCCACAACAAGUGUCCUAUCCCACUUUUGCUUAAGGAAACUCUCAGAGAAGCCCAGAAGACGGAGGUUUACUGCCGUCCUCUGCCUGCCCAUUGCUCCCUGCACCACGAGCUCUAUCACCACUUUUCCAGUUUCCCAGAGUGCAGGCAGAAAGAAACGCUGCCUGCACUGCUGCUGAAAACCACCCUGGACCAGGGCUCCAACGCCUGGAGCGAGCCCAUAGACGUCAACUGCCCCGGCACUCAGGUGGUGUUCCUGCCAGGCUUCGGCUGUCUCUACAUCGACGUGGUGUACCAGAGAGGGACCCUGGUUCUGUCUCUGGCCCCCGAGGGCAGCGUGGAUGCUGUCAUCAACCAGCACAGCGGGUCUUCUAAGCUGUCGUGCCGAGUCCUCCUCCGUGAAGUCAGUGUGGUGUUGAGCGAUGACAUCACCAACCCCUCUGGAUCUGUGGAGCUGCUCAGACUCACGUUGACCAAGCUGCUCCUCAGCCUGGCCCCGGCGCCGCCCGCCCCUCCGCUCUCGGGGCUGGCGGCUGACACUAACUCGGGCGCUGCGUCCGUCUCCGCCCUGAUGGCGGACCCCUCUCUGAUCGAGGUCCACUGCUCCAGUCUGCAGGUAGACAACCAGCUGUACAACCGAGCCAGUUUUCACUUCCCCGUGCUGCUGUGCCAGGACCAGAGAGGGGGGGCUGAGCCGGGGGGUCCGUGGAGCAGCGACUCCAACCCCACAGAGUCCCCUGAAGCCCUGGAGCAGUUCAAACGCUCCUGUUUCCUGCAGCUGAGGAUGAUGCUGGCUGAGGACGGAAGCACUGCGGAGGAGAUCACCUUCCAACUCCAACCUGCCAGAAUCUACCUUGAAGACACCUUUGUUUACUACAUUAAGACCCUGUUCCACACCUACAUCCCUGACAGCGCCAUGGCCUCAGCCACCGCGGGGACCCAGAAGAGCAGCAGGGGGUCUGGUUCGGGCCCUGUCCUCCCUGCACAGGUGCUUGAGUCGGUGCAGGCGCUGGUCCACCCCGUGCGGCUGCACAGACUGACCAUCCAGCCGGUCAACCUGUUGGUCAGCAUCCACGCCUCCCUGAAGCUGUACAUUGCGUCGGACCACACCCCUCUCUCCUUCUCCCUGUUUGAGAGAGGGCCGCUGUGCACCACGGCCAGACAGCUGGUGCACUCUCUGGCCAUGCACUACGCUGCCGGAGCCCUCUUCAGAGCUGGUUGGGUGGUGGGAUCACUGGAGAUCCUGGGCAGUCCGGCCAGCCUGGUGCGUAGUAUCGGCAACGGCGUGUCCGACUUCUUCCGGCUGCCCUACGAGGGCCUGACGCGGGGCCCGGGAGCCUUCGUCAGCGGGGUGUCCAGAGGGACCUCCUCCUUUGUCAAGCAUAUCUCCAAAGGCACGCUGACCUCCAUCACCAAUUUAGCAACAAGCCUGGCCAGGAACAUGGACCGGCUGUCCCUGGAUGAAGAGCACUACACCAGGCAGGAGGAGUGGAGACGGCAACUUCCAGAGAGCCUCGGGGACGGACUGAGACAGGGGCUGUCACGACUCGGCAUCAGCUUGUUAGGCGCCAUAGCGGGCAUCGUGGACCAGCCAAUGCAGAACUUCCAGAGGAACUGGGAGCUGCAGAGCUCCGCUGGGAGCAAGGCCAAAGGGGUCAUCUCUGGAGUGGGGAAAGGCAUUGUGGGUGUUUUCACCAAGCCCAUCGGAGGAGCCGCUGAACUGGUGUCCCAGACUGGAUACGGGAUCCUCCAUGGAGCCGGCCUGUGGCAGCUCCCUAAACAACUGUACCUGCCUACAGAAGAGAAGGCCGCUCAGGCCCCAAACAGCCACCUUAAAUAUGUCUGGAAGAUGCUGCAGUCUCUGGGGCGGCCGGAGCUCCACAUGGCCCUGGAGGUGACCAUCGUGAGCGGCUCGGGUCAGGAGCACGCCGGCUGUCUGCUCCUCACCUCCGAAGUGCUGUUCGUGGUCAGCCUCAGCGAGGACACCCAGCAGCAGGCCUUCCCCAUCACAGAGGUGGAGUGUCAGCAGGAGCCGGGGCAUCGGGGCCAGCUCACCCUCACCUUGCAGCAGCAGACGGUAGCCAGCGACACAGAGGGUGAUGGCAUUCGGGAGCGUCUGUCAGAGCAGCAGUAUCGGCGGUUGGUGGACUACGUGACGUGGGCCUCCCAGUUCCUCUCCCCCUCCCCCGCCUCUCUCCAGCUGGAAGUGACGCUCGCCGAGCCCCCGCCCUCCGUCACCAAGUGUUACCGCUACCUGGUGGAGCCUGCCUUCGCCGCGGUGUUUGUCAGCAGGUUCACCAUGGUAAAGAAUAAAGCCUUACGGAUCGGAUUCCACUGAUACACGGGAACACCGUUGCUCCAAGGAAGAAGGGAUCGGAUCAUUCGUUCCAAUUAAGCCUUAAAAACAAGAACUACUUACUUAACACAUUUAUGCAACAGAUGUGAGAACAAUUCUAUUUUAUUAGUAACUGUACCUGGUCAUUCAUGCCGUAGGGAAAAUUGUGGCAUUUGAAAAAUAUAUAUCAGAUGAGUUCAUCACAUCAGAUUGAUGUUUUAUUCAUAGGAACACAUGUACGUUUGAACACUAAAACCUUCUCGGGCCAACGCCGUCUUCUCUUCCAACAUUAAAUCGGCGCUCUUUCGGUCAGUGUGAAACCUUUGUGUUGCAGAUAGAAAUCUGUUGAAUUCUCAUCAAAACAGCACUUGUGGUUCACUCUGCAGAAAAAGCUCUCGGUGUUUACAUUGUUUAUAUAUCUUGUGCCAACGUUAAGUGCAAUAUUAUAUAUAAUGUUGCUGGACGCUAGAGCAACCAGCUGUCCAAUGGUGUAACAUGCUCCGUGUUGAUGACAGCCCUGUUUGUUGUAACCUUACUUUGAGCCCAACAUGCUAUUGUUGCACCACUGAGCUGCGUCUGAUGCCUUUAAUGUAUGUAAAUGGUUAAUAUAUUGAUAGAGAAUCAUUUUAAUAAAACUCUGAAAAUAAAAAGUGUUUCACUAUUAUUGCAAGAGAAAGUGUGAAUCUGGCCGUUGUGAAUGAAACAAAUACCCAAGUGAUCAAAUGGGCCAUCCAGUGAAUUUAUAGUCAGGGGAGAUUUUCUUUUGUACGGAAGCCCUGCAAGGCAGCUAGUAACAUUUUGUUGAUAAUUCUCAUGAAACAUACCUGUGCAGAAAAAUAAAUGUGUCCACGCACCCCAUUUUUGCAUCUCAAGGCCUAAGCAGCUGUUCUUACAUUGUGUAAAACAAAUCUCAAACUUCUACCUCAUCAUCACGAGCAGCUCCGAUACACCUCAGCGAUUAGUGUCAAAGAGCCUCUUGCACUUUGUUUUCAUAUCACAAUGACCGGCUGAGUAAGACAGUAACUGUAUAGUAAUGACACAACUCCAUAUUACACUAUAAAGUGUGUUGAUCGAAGUGACAAAUGUCAUAGUAUAGAAGAUCAAAAAAGUCAGUAUAUAUAAACCUCACGCUAUAAUGUGUCAAAAUAAAUCAUUCUCGAAUGCAGCGCAGAGCGUGUUAAGAACCUCAAAGAAA